GGGUCUCGCGGCGUUAGUGGAGGUGGUCGAGGGGGGCUAGGGGCGAGACCUGAUUGGCUGCCGGCUCUGGUUAAUGGCACGCGACUCUGGAUGUAGUUAUAAGCGUCCUCGCGUGCCAGCCUUCCGCUGAAGCGACUCUUAAACUCCCGGAGGCAGAAGGACGGGCGGACCACUGCUGUCACCGGGCGACAGGGAGCGACUUGAAAAUGGACACCGUGCUGGAGCAGUUCUCGGGGCUGGACUCCUUCUCCUCCCCGUAUUUCAACGAAGAGGACUUCUUCACGGACCACUCGUCCAGGGAUGCCCUGGACGCGGACGACUUCCUGGACGACGACGUGGACUUUCUGAGCGGCCACAUCCAGGAUUACUACAAGGAGGACCGAUUAGCAGCGGACGGAGACUACGGCGACCCCGGCAACUUCUCCUUCUCGUCCUCGUCGUCCACCUUCUCCUACGGCGGCCCGGACAGCACGUCCGAGGUGUCCCCGCGGAUGAAGGGAGAGGGCCCGCUGAUGAAGAGGAGGCGGCGGAUGAGGUCCGAGGCGGAGAUGCAGCAGCUGAGGCAGGCGGCCAACGUCAGGGAGCGCCGGAGGAUGCAGUCCAUCAACGACGCCUUCGAGGGGCUGCGCUCGCACAUCCCCACCCUGCCCUACGAGAAGCGGCUCUCCAAGGUGGACACGCUGCGCCUCGCCAUCGGCUACAUCAACUUUCUGGCCGAGCUGGUGCAGUCCGACCUGCCCAUUAAGAACUCGAGCAGCGACCCCGCCAAUCAGCCCAAGAAGGUGAUCAUCUGCAACCGAGGAACAAGGUCUCCAUCUCCUAGCGAUCCAGACUACGGGCUGCCCCCUCUAGCAGGGCACUCCCUGUCCUGGACCGACGAGAAGCAGCUGAAAGAGCAAAACAUCAUCCGGACAGCUAAGGUGUGGACCCCCGAGGACCCCCGAAAGCUGGGCACCAAGUCGUCGCUGAACAACAUCGAAAACGAGCCUCCUUUUGCGUGCGUGUCAUGAGGGGGCCACACGGACCCUACGAGCGGAGCCUUAAAGUGAAUGGCAAUCAACGUAUUUAUUGUAUUUAUUGAAAGGACCCCCCGCGGGCAGCCGCUGGGAAUGUCUGCACCUCUCGAAUCGGACUAUUUAUUACA